CUUAGUAGGAGUGGAUUUGAGUUUCUCCAUUUAACUACUACAAGUUAUGUAGCGGGAAAAAGUUUGACUAGAUCUCGCCCGUUUCCAGAGUAAAGCAGUACCACAGGUCCUCGCCCAUCCUGAAAAAUGGGUAAGAAAGGAAAAAAAGACAAGGGAAAGAAGGGAAAGAAAAGCGUUUUCGGAUCCAGGUCUGCACCUGCACCGGAAUUACCUCCUGAACCAGUUUUACCCAAAAAUACGCCCGUCUUCUCCUUCGAUCUGGUUAUCACCCGACUGGAGGUAAAGGGCGUGGUCCUGGCUGAUGCCAGAAAACUGCUGGUGAAGGUCGGCUUUGGGGGCAACAAGCUCAGUCUCACAGCUAGCAGGACCAAUGUGAGCGAGUUCAAGCCGAAUGCCAGUCACACUUUCCAGGCGGAGCCACCGAAUCUUGCCCAGAAAGUCGAGGAAAGUGGCAUAGACUUUGAGGUGGUGUACGAUGGUCAAGUGGUUGGCUUGGGCAAACUGAGUCUGCCCAAAAGAUUAUGCAACAGAAUAAAACUGGACAUGAAGGCAUUCUCCUACACUAGCACAUGUGCUCUGGAAAUGGAGGGGAAACCAGUCGGCGCAUUAGAGUUCCUUUGCAAGCUGUUCAUCAGAUGUGGCGAUUAUGCCAGGGAGGGCGAAACCUGCCCCAAUUUGGACAGGAAUCUUAGCCCCAAGGACAUCGUUUUUGUGGUCGGCAAAUCGCAGGCCAAUACCAGCUGCUGCGAUCCCUGUCGAGAUGCUCUGGAAAUCGAGGCGAGGAAACAGAAGGAUUAUAGUAUUCAAUCGAGGCUUAGUCAAAAAUAGAAAACCAACCAUCACCAGAUAGUAAGUAAUGUUUGGUCACUUACGAAGUUAGGUUAGAAGCAGGUCCCUUAAGGCCCGUUUGGAAUAAUAUAUACAAAAUUAAAAGUCACAACUAUUCAUCGAUGUCACUUUAGAGCACACAAUUCAAUAAAGCUUGCGUUAAACAACUUAA